AUGGCUGCUGUCAGGCUCCUCGUGCUGGUGGCGCUGGGCCUGGCUUCCACCAGAGCAGGUCCUGUCCCCACUUCCAAGCCCAUCACUACCAAAAGGAGCUGUGACAUUGGCAGAUUCAAAUCUCUGUCUCCGAGGGAGCUGGCGGCCUUCAAGGUAGCCAAGGAUGCUCUGGAGGAGUGGCUCCUGCCCAAGGACCGCAGCUGCAGCUCCCGCCUCUUCCCCAGGACCCGGGACCUGAGGCAGCUGCAGCUCUCAGCUCAGCCCGCAGCAAGGCCCCGGCCCCGAGGCCGCCUCCGCCACUGGCUGCACCGGCUGCGGGAGGCGCAGAAGAAGGAGUCCCCAGAGUGCCUGCAGGCAUCUGUCACCUUCCACCUCUUCCACCUCGUACAAGAUCUAAACUGUGUCGCCAGUGGAGACCAGUGUGCCUGA